UUUUUCGUUUUGUAUAAUUUUAUGUGCAAACUGGUCAGUUUUUGUUUUUCGAUGGAGAGUCUGCUCUGAGGAUGAAUACUGGAGAAAAACUCCUACCAAAUAUGGUGAAAGAGGGACAACUCUGGCAGACCAACCUACAAUGAAGUCAUUACCAUGAGAAGGAAAUGGAGAGUUCUUGUCUGCUUAACAGUCAUCUUUAUUCUGUUUGUUUCCUACAAAAUACUGGAGCCCGACAUCAAAGGGGAGAUAAUCCAGACAGAUAACAAAGGUCUUCCUGUAGCAAGGGAAGACAACUCAGGCCUGGUAAGGGAAAAGACUCAGAGAGACAAAGAGGAUGUUGUCAGUGAGCUACAGAAAAAGUACAGGCUAGAUUUCAACUAUCCCCUCAAAGAAUCUCCAUGGAGGGUGGCAGAAAGAAUGGUGAAGGGGAGAGAGAUACAUCCAGAGUAUGCCCCAGAAAUAGGUUCUAUUCUCCGGGAAAUGGCUUCAAGGAAAAUUAUUUCAGCUGACACAGGCUUCAAAGGGACACAACUCAAGCUCUCUCUGAUUCUUGAAGGAGGGCAAGUGGUUGCAUUCAAACCAAGAUGGUACAGGAGAGAGGAAAUUUUCACCGAGACUCCGUACUCCGGCGCUGACCGACACAACGGUGAAAUCGCAGCUUUCCAUCUCAAUAGGAUCUUGGAGUUUAGACGAACACCUUUGGCAGUAGGCAGAAAGAUAAAUUUGAAAACAGAAAUUAUUCCCAGUGGAACUGAGCAGCUGCUGAAAACUUUUUUUGUGAAUGGUUCUAACACUUGUUUUUAUGGUAAGUGUUACUACUGUAAGGGGGAGGAGACGGGUGUGUGUGCGGAGGGGGACGUACUGGAGGGGACUGUAAUACUGUGGCUCCCUAAGUCCUACCCCCUCAAAACUUACAGACACCCGUGGGCAAGGACCUACCGCUCUGGGAAACUAGCACAAUGGGAAAAGGAUCCAGAUUAUUGCAAUGCUGUAAAAUCCAGUCCUAUUUAUGGUCAUGGACCAAGACUCUUUGAUUUGAUUGACACUGCUGUCUUUGAUUUUCUGAUUGGAAAUGCUGACAGACAUAGAUAUGAAACCCUUGGAAAUCAGUUAGAAUCAGUUUUUCUUAUACUCGACAAUGGAAAAAGCUUUGGAAAUCCUUUCCAUGAUGAAAUCUCAAUUUUAGCACCCCUAUACCAAUGCUGUGUAAUCAGGUUCGAUACCUACAACAGACUUCUGACCCUCAGUGAUGGAAUUUUAAGCCGAGUUCUGAGGACUGUGUUGAAGCAGGAUCCAAUCUCCCCCAUACUGACAGAGGAACAUUACCAGGCUCUGGACAGAAGGCUGAAGACUGUAUUAGAGAAAAUUCAGACUAUGUCUGGACAAUACACCAGAAAACAGAGACAGAGUUUUAGUGAGAGAUAGGGGGUCAUGAUGACAGGUUUAUUUCGGUCAUUUUUAUAUCUAGGUCACUUGAAUAUUCA